UUUUUGUGUCUCUUUGUGAUUGUUUUUGGUCUCUUUGUAAGUGUUUAAUUCCUUUUUGUGGUCACUGUGUCGCUUUGUGUCUCCCUAUAGUAGUUCAACAUCUCUUCAUGGCAACCUUGGGGUUGUUUUGUGUCUUUGAGGUCAUUUUGUGCAUCUUUGUGGACAUUUUGCAUCCAUUUGUGAUUAUUUUGUGUCUACCCCUGCUUGUGUUGUGUGUCUUUAGAAUGAUUUUGUGUCUUUUUGUGGUCAUAUUGCAUGUCUUUAUGGCAGUUUUGUAUCUCUUUAAGGGUUUUUUUUGUGACUUUUUGUGGUUAUUUUGUGUCUCUUUGCAGUUGUUUUUGUACCUUUAGGAUGAUCUUGUAUGUCUUUGUGAUGGGUUAUUUUGUGUUGUUAGGAAUAUUUUGUCUGUGGCUGCUUUGUGUCACUUUGUGGUUGCUUUGUGUCUCCUUGUGAUCAUUUUGUGUCUCUGUGGUCAUGUUUUGUCUUUCUGUGGUUGCUUUGUGUCCCUUUGUGCUUCUUUUGUGUCUGUUUGUUGAGGUUUUUAUGAUCAUGACUGAGCCUCAGCCUGGUUCCGACCCAAACCCCAGAUUCAGAGAAAGUACAGAGACGACAGCAUGUUUUCACCAUGUCCUACGGUCCCCACAAAGUCAGGCAUACUGGACUCACACACACACAAACACUCACAUCUGCAUUCCAUCAUUUUCCUCAGCAGCUCAGAGAUCAGAUCAGACGGCAGAGCCGCUCAGCACUUACGCAGUCCGCCUGUGACCAGCCCUGAUCCUGACACUGAUCCUGAGAACCCACAGGCCUGCAAGAGGAAGAGGAAGGCAGCUGCUUCCGUGGAGACAGAAAACUGUGACAGAGACGAGGCAAAGCAGCAGAACAACUGAAGAGAAGAAUGAGGCUGUUUGUGGGGACUCUGGUUCUCAUCUGUCUGCUGUCGUCCGAAUGCAGCUGCUCUCCGUCCUCUCGUCCUGCAGAUGAAUGUCCCAGCAUGUCUGUCCGUCUGCGGACGUUCCGGCUGGUGAAACGAUGUAACUUCACUACUCUGAAGGAGAAGCAGCUGAAGGAGAUCCAGGCUCCGACUACCAAUCUGUACCUGCCAGUUCUGUACCUGCUGGCCUUCAGUGUGGGUCUGCCCUCCAACCUGCUGGCUCUCUGGGUUCUGGUGUUCCGGACCAAACCACUGCCAUCCACUGUACUCCUCAUCAACCUGACAGUGGCUGACUGCCUGCUACUGCUGGUGCUGCCAUUUCGUAUCGUCUACCACUUCCAAGGGAACAACUGGGGGCUGGGUGAGUCUUUCUGCCGUGUUGUCAUGGCAGUGUUUUACGGCAACAUGUACGGCUCCAUCUGUUGUCUGGCCCUCGUGGCUCUGGACCGAUACAUUGCUUUGGUCCACCCAUUCGGUGCCAGGACUCUGCGCAGUCGGCGAGUGUCCCUGUACAUGACGACGGCAGUGUGGGUCGUGGUGCUGGCUGCCAUGCUGCCGUUGCUGGUGUCACAGCAGACAUACAAGCUGGACGAGCUGCAGAUCACCACCUGCCAUGACGCGUUGCCAGAGGAGGAGCAUGAGAGCUACUUCAUGCCCUACUUCAUCACCUUGUUCGCCUGCUGCUUUGUGCUGCCCUUCGCUGUUGUCUUGUACUGCCAUGCAGCGGUGCUGCGCACUCUGCUGGCCGAGAGGAAACGCUACGGCCACGCGGUCCGGGUCACGGUGUUGGUGCUGCUGGUCUUCAUCGUAUGUGUGCUGCCCAGCAACGUCCUCCUCCUCCUGACCUAUGCUGACAGCUCACUGGAUGCGGACGGCGAGGACGUUUAUGUCCCUUACAUGAUCAGCUUAGCGGUUUGCUCCUUCAACAGCUGCAUCGAUCCCUUCAUCUUCUACUUUGUGUCGGCAGAGUUCAGGCAGAAGGCUCGCAGCACUCUGUGUUGCCGCAGCGACUCUGGAGACAAGCCGUCCUCUCCAGCGAACAUGUCCUCAUCAUCCUCGGGCCAACGGUCACAGGUCACCCUGUUGUCCAUGUCCAGCCGGCAAGUGACGCCUGAGGUGCCGUGAGAGUCACAUGACUGCUGACAUCAUCACAGCUUCUCACAGAAAAUCAAACUGAGAACGUUGUUCAUGUUCUGAAGGCUGUACUGAUCGUUGAUCAAUUAUUUAACCAGAAAUAAAGAAAACAUGAUGAAAGAGAA